CAAAUCCUUGUGCUCAAAGCCAUGCCUUACGUGAAAGCUCAAAAGUCUAAGGCAUACUUCAAGCGAUUUCAAGUUAAGUUCAAGAGAAGGCGAGAGGGCAAGACUGACUACCGGGCCAGGAACCGUCUUAUCAAUCAGGAUAAGAACAAGUACAAUACCCCAAAAUAUCGGUUUGUUGCACGAUUUACCAACAAGGAUAUAGUUGCACAAAUUGUACAUGCUAGUAUUUCUGGUGAUAUAGUUCUUGCAGCAGCAUAUGCUCAUGAACUGCCUCGCUACGGACUUGAAGUUGGCCUUACAAAUUAUGCUGCAGCCUAUUGUGUUGGACUCCUCUUGGUUCGCCGAACACUGAAGCAACUGGAGAUGGAUGCUGAUUAUGAGGGAAAUGUUGAGGCAACUGGGGAGGACUUCACUGUUGAACCUGCAGAGACCAGGAGGCCUUUCCGUGCUCUCCUUGAUGUUGGUCUUGUCAAAACAACUACUGGAAACCGUGUUUUUGGUGUUCUCAAGGGUGCUUUGGAUGGUGGAAUUGACAUUCCUCACAGCGAGAAGAGAUUUGCUGGAUUUAACAAGGACAGUAAACAACUUGAUCCCGAAGUUCACCGCAAAUACAUAUACGGUGGUCAUGUUGCUGCAUACAUGAGGACUUUGAUGGAAGAUGAGCCUGAGAAGUACCAGUCUCACUUCAGUGAGUUCAUUAAGAGAGGCAUUGAGCCUGACAACGUUGAGGGAAUGUACCAGAAGGUUCACGCAGCUAUUCGUGCAAAUCCGGAAGCAAAGAAAUUGGAUAAGGCUCCUCCCAAGGAACACAAGAGGUACAACCCCAAGAAGCUGUCAUACGAGGAAAGGAAGGCGAAGCUGAUUGACAGGCUGAAAGCUCUGAAUUCGGCUGCCGGAGCAGAUAAUGAUUCUGAUGAGGAGGAUUGAUUAUGCCAAGGGAAAGGAGGAAUAUGCCGAGUGAAUUCAGCAUUGGAAUUUUGGGCACAUCUUUUCUGUUUAUUUUUCUUUUGUUUUCCUUCUAGAAUUAAGGGGAAAAAAGACUUUUAGGGUUGUGAGAAGUUGUCUUUUUUGCCUGCGGAUCAUGUUGUUUUGGAUUUUCUUCAUCGGUGUUAUUUAAUAGUUUAAUUAUGA